GAAACAAGAGAAAAACCCAAACAAAUCAGGUUUUUGUUUCUUUGGGGAUCAUUUCUCCAACGUUCAAUCUGUGGGUCAAGAGAGAGAAGGGCAACAUCAAUGGAGAAUCCACAUGGUCCUGCCAGCUUCUGGACACAAGCAGAUGCACUGCUCAGGAAGAACCUCGUCUUCCAGAAAAGAAGAAAGGCGGCGAAUUGCCGGCUCAUCUUAUUCCCAGUUAUCCUUUGUGCAUUUCUUGUUGUGGUGAGGAAGUUCAUGUCAUUAAGCAGUGGAAAACAACCCAAACCUUUUCCUCGCGGCUAUGUGUGCUCGGAUGAUGAGCUUUACUACAACUUUACCCUAUGUUGGAUUCCUACACCGCAUGAAUACCCUCCAUUGCUGCAGAUACCAGACUCUGAUUAUCGUGCAGUAAGAACUGCUUUUUUUCCAUUUGGAGAUUUGCCUGAUGGGUCAUGCAAGAAGACCAACUCAUGUCCUGUAACUGUUCUUGUUACCGGGAGUAAUAAGUCCCUUGGACUAGAUUUGGCUGGACGGUUUUUCCCAAGAUCUUCCAUUUUAAUUACCUCUGACAUCUUGCAAAGAUUUGCUGAUGGGGUGUUUGGGUCGGUUUCCCAGCCUGGAGAAAAGUCAGGUCCAGAGAUGUAUCUCGAUUCAGCGUUUUUUUCAGAUGAUACUACGACUAUCUAUAACAUUCAACGUCGAUGCCGUCGGAACUCCUCAUCAUUUAUUCCUACGGGAUCCAAGGGAAUGAAAGAAGGUAUAGCUGUAAAAUGCAUCAAGGGUUUACGAUUGUGGCGCAAUGGUUCUUCCGAGAUCAAUGAUGAGAUUUUCAAGGGUUACCCGACCAGGAAUUCGGAAUGGAAGGGCAAUGAGAUAGUAGCAGCCUACGAUUUCUUGAACUCCAACAACAAGAACUUUAAUGUCAGUGUUUGGUACAAGUCUAACAUGAAUGAGGACAAUCAAGCGAAGGCAAGGUCUAUCAUGAGGGUUGCUCGCUCAGUGAAUUUGGUCUCCAAUGCCUACCUCGAGUUUCUUCUUGGGACUAAUUUCAAGAUACACUUUGAGUUUGUCAAAGAAAUGCCCAAGUAUCCCGAUUCAACACGGACUGACGAUAUCAUUUCUAGCUUCUCCACGCUCUUCUUUACAUGGAUUGUUCUACAUCUAAUUCCUGUUAUAAUGACAUAUCUGGUUUAUGAGAAGCAGCAGAACAUUCGAAUUAUGACGAAAAUGCAUGGGCUUGGUGAUGGACCUGAUUUGAUGAUCUCUUACAUUUAUUUCCUCGGCCUAUCUUCAGCUUACAUGUUGGUUUUUUGGGCGUCCUGCUUGUUUCUGGAAUUAGGGUCAUUCAGAGCCCAUGACUAUGAUCUGCAAUUUGUGUUUUUUUUCCUUUAUAUCAACUUGCAAAUUGCACUUUCCUUUCUAGUUGCUCGAAUGUUCUCAAAAGUGAAAACUACUUCAGUUGUAGCAUAUCUUAUCGUCUUUGGAACUGGGCUGGUAGGAAAAUUUUAUCUAGAGCAAAAGGUUGUUGAUCCAUCAUUCUCAAGUAACUUGGUUACUGUAAUGGAGCUGUAUCCUGGUUUGGCUCUGCAUCGUUUGUUUUUUGAGUUUUCAAAUAAAGCCCGCGAAGCAACACUUUCACACAGUAGUGGGAUGUCAUGGGAAGAUCUGAAUGACAGAAGCAAUGGCAUGAAGGAAGUGUUGAUAAUCAUGGUUGCGGAAUGGUUCGUGUGUCUUUUUGUCUCCUACUGUCUUGACAACAAGAGUUCAAUAUUUUGCUUCCGAAGGAAGUCUAAUCCAUUUUCCCAGUCGGCUUUUUUGGAAGAUUUUGAUCGGUUGGAGAAACCUGACAUCGCCCAAGAGAGGGAAAAGGUGGAAGAGUUGCUUGUUCGGCCAGAUAGAAGUUGCUCUGUCAUUUGUGAUAAACUGAGGAAAGUGUAUCCAGGAAUGGAUGGAAAUCCUCGAAAAGUGGCAGUCCAUGGGUUGUCUCUUGCGUUGGCUCGUGGAGAAUGUUUUGGUAUGCUCGGACCAAAUGGUGCAGGGAAAAGCACUUUUAUCAAGAUGAUGAUCGGGCUGACACGGCCUAGCGCUGGGACAGCCUUCGUGGAGGGUCUGAACAUACAGACUGAUAUGAAACAAGUAUAUACCAGCAUGGGUGUUUGUCCACAACAUGACUUACUUUGGGAAACACUUACCGCAAGGGAGCACCUACUUUUUUAUGGUAGGCUCAAGAAUCUCAAAGGUCCCGCCUUACACCGAGCAGUGGAAGAAUCUCUUAGCAGCGUCAAUCUACUUAAUGGAGGGGUUGCUGAUAAGCAAGCUGGUAAAUACAGUGGAGGCAUGAAAAGGAGGCUUAGUGUCGCCAUUUCGCUUAUUGGAGACCCCAAAGUUGUCUACAUGGAUGAGCCGAGUACUGGACUGGAUCCAGCUUCGAGAAUUGAAUUAUGGAAAGUUGUGAUGCGUGCAAAGAAGGAAAGAGCAAUUAUACUCACCACACAUUCCAUGGAUGAGGCUGAACAUCUCUGCGAUCGUUUGGGAAUAUUUGUGGACGGCAGAUUGCAGUGCAUUGGAAACGCAAAACAGUUAAAGGCCCGAUAUGGGGGAUUUUACGUGUUCACCAUUACGACAUCAUCCGAGAAUGAGCAAGAAAUGGAGAGGUUGGUUCGUCAUAUCUCUCCUAGUGCUAACAAGACAUACCACCUAUCAGGAACCCAAAAGUUUGAGCUUCCGAAAAAUGAGGUCAAAAUCGCAGAUAUGUUCGAAGUAGUUGAGGCUGCAAAGAGCAAGUUCAUUGUUCAGGCAUGGGGUAUUGCUGAUACGACCUUGGAGGAUGUCUUCAUCAAGGUCGCAUGUGGGGCAGAGGCAUUCAACGUCACAUGAUCGCUAUAUACAAAGUACGAGGAUGCUACAUACAUAUAAAGUUUGGGAAUCGCAGAUGGGCAUGGCAUGUACGAGUCAUGAGGAACCAAUUGUAUUGAUGGAUGUGAAGGGCCACUCCGAGGCCCCAAGCAUACAAGUGAUCUAAGCCAUUUAUUAAUUAUUAAUAUAUUUUUGUGUUUUCUUAGAGUCCAAUAUCAUGAAUCCUGAAUGAAGAAACGAAACAUGGAUCAAAUAAUUGUAAUUAUCCGAUUAAGAUGAUUUUAUCAUGGCAAUAUAAAAUAUUAUUUUAAAUUUAA